AUGGACGACAAGCCGUCCGCCGUCGGCGGCGAGGAACAUUACAGUCUCCGGUGGAACAACCACCAGGCUCACCUGCUCCGCUCCUUCGAAGCCUUACUGCAUGCUGAGACACUAGUGGACGUGACACUGGUGUGUGCCGAGCGCCGCGUACGCGCGCACAAGGUGCUGUUGGGAGCUUGCAGCCCACUAUUUCGCAGAAUAUUUAGCGAAAAUCCGUGCAAACACCCAGUGAUCGUGUUGAAAGACUUCCAAGGAUGGGAAGUCAAGCCGUGGUAGACUUUAUGUAUCGUGGCGAGGUGUCAGUGGCGCAGGAGCAGCUUGGGACUGUGAUACGCGCCGGAGAAUCACUCCAAGUUCGCGGUCUAGCCGACCAAGACCGCGAGGAGCCUGCCAGGUCCCCAACUGCAACUCCACUGGCACGAAGUCCAGCACAAGCGACACCACCAGCACCGUCUCCACCAGUAAGCCCGGCAAGUCCUCAGCCACGACGGAAGCAAGCCAGGCCUCGUCGUCGCUCGGGAGAAUCAGAUACACCAGAAAAUUUAUCGAUGCGUCGAUCCCCUAGUGGAGGACUGAAGGCAGUUCGCCUGUCGAGGCCUCGCUCACCACCAAAGCAAGAGCAAGAGGAGCCUGAGGCUGAAGUGCCGCCGCCACCACGUAUGUUCGCGCCACACCAGGACAUGUUUCCCCCAGUACCACCAGCUGCCGUCUCCGCGCUCUCAUUAACACCACCACACAUGUUUGGCAUGGACACUCCGCUGGGACUUUUCCCGCCAGGGAUGGAGCACAAGAUGUACCCCAUGAUGGACGUAGAACACCGCGCGCCGCUUGAUUCACAACUAUUCACUAACGUGAAAAAGAAAUGGCGACCAAAGGGUCAACACAGCGCGCCGCGCGGUGGUCCACCUCGAUCGUGGACGAACGCCGAGCUGACGGAGGCGCUGCAGCACGUGUGGAACAAGAAGAUGACGACCAGCCAGGCCUCAAGGAUCUUUGGCAUCCCAUACAACUCGCUGCUAAUGUACGUGCGCGGGAAAUACGGGAAAAGCCUAAAGUUGGAGCAGCUCAGGAAAGACUGUAUUGGCGGCCCCCUCGACGUAUUAAAUCUUAACUCCGGAAACAACAACAACAACCAGCCUUCGGGAAAACAUCACGACAAAGACGACCACUCACAACGACCAGCGAGCUCCGAGCCAGACAUCGCCUCAAAUCCAAUGUUCAAUCCAUUCCAGCAAGGGUUCUACCCGGAGUUCGCUCCAGGUUUCCCGAUGCCACUCAACAUGCUACAUCUACUCCCGCCUAAUGAUAAGGCGAGGGAACUAUAUCAAUCGAUGCCGAUGGCUCUGGACUCGCUGUCAGGAGUUACGAAGGAGGAAGACUGUAAGAGUGAUAGGUCGAAGGAGAACUCCGCCGACGAAGAGGGCGAGUCGUACCGCGCGCCCUCGCACCCGCCGCAUCCACCCGACAACCGCACACUGCUGCAUCACAACGGCCAGGACUAA